UCUCGGUAACAUUAUAGAGAGCUCCGCGAACGGACUAUCGCUGUGAGAAGCUUGAUGCAGGGUCAGGCUCCUCACAGCGAUAGCCCGUUCGCGGAGAGUGUAACGAAGGUCUCACGCGCUGGGAAGGAGCUUGAUGCUGGCAAAACCAUGAAAAAAAUUCCUAAGAGAAAACCAUGGGGUGGACUUGUUGGUGGGAUCAAGAUCUUCCUGGGUGUUGAGUUGGCUUUUUUUGCAGUUUCCUUGUACUACUGGCGCAAGAUGAACUCGUCUCAAGAUUUCAGGUACACUGUCCACCAGAAAUAUCCCUCCAUGCUGAAUGGGUACUAUGUCAUGGGAGAACGUUUCGGUGGUCUGAACACACGAAAAGAAGAUUACCGAAGCUGGGGAAUACCGCUAGAGGAGUAGUGAAUUGUCAUCAUGUGUCAACUCAUUAUCCCGGUACUGACCUUGUGAAUAUACAGAAGGGGAAAAGACAUUUAUCAGCGACAAUGUGCAGUCAAGAUACUUGCAGUCACUUGGUGUUUCAGACGAUUUGUAUACUAGUAUGAUUAUGCUGUUGGUCUUUUUCAUACGAGAUGGAGGUCUGUGCAGAGUUAUGUCCCUUAGAUAGACUAGAAACCUAUGAUUGUGGCUUGGAAUCCCAGUUUUACCAUGACUGUUUCUUGUUUGUUGAGGAAAUGGGUGGCCCAGUCAUCUAAGGCACCGCAAUUCGCUGUGCAGAGUUGUGUCCCUUGGGCACACCAGAAACCUAUGAUCGUGGGUUCGCAUCUUGUUUCA